UGAUACAGAAGAGGGUCUCCGUCAUCCAUGGUUCAAGACCCUUACCAAGGGGAAGGCAAUAAGCACAGAGACCCUCAAGAAGUUUGUGGCUCGCCGAAAGUGGCAGCGGUCCCUUAUCAGCUACAAAUCCAAAAUGGUCAUGAGGUCCAUCACUGAGUUGCUGAAUGACUCAUCCAGCCACAUCUCCAUCGCUGUUCCCAGACACCUCAAAGAGGGCUCACCCCCACCAUCAUCGUCUUCUGACUCCGACGAAGAUAUUGACAAGCUGCCCUUCAUUCCAAUGCCACUCAGUAUGGAGUUCUCCGGAUCAAGAAUGUCUCUAAAAGAGAUCCAGGAAGGCACAAGCCGGUCAAGCGGCACUAUUGAAAGUUCAGGGUCAGCAGUCACCCAUGGCCAAGAGGCGAUGGAGUGUGAAUCCAUGGGGAAAGAGAAAGAGGCGGGAGAUUUCACAGGUAGGGGGCGCGCCAGGAAAAGGUUGACGCAAGAAAAUGACAAGGGGUCUUCGGAUGAGGAGUUGGCAGAGUUGGCACAAGUAUCUGAGAAGGCAAGAAGGCCCUUGUGCAGAGGCUCGAGCUUGGAGUUGGACAAGCCAGAGGGAGGACCCAGAAGGGGGCAGCUGCAUAGAGGGGGCUCUGCUGACAGCGCGCUGCUACUCCACAUCGUUCCAGAAGAUUCAGCAGACGAUGAAAUCACUGAGAAAGGUAGACGAGUCCUCAAAAAGGCGGUAUCCAUGGAGUUGCCUAGGAGGAGCGUGAGUCCAGGUCCUCUGAGUCAAGAGGACUAUGCUCACAAACUGGAGCUGAUGAGGCAGAGGUUGCUCCGAGGUGGCUCCGUGGAGAAGAAGAUGAGCGGCCUGCGAGGACCCCUGCUGGAGACACUGGGUAUGGAUGAUGGAAAGCAGCGGUCAUCGUUGCUGGAGCGCUACUCGCGCACUACCCGCUUAUGGGUUCCUCCGUUAACCAAGGCAGUCUCCAGCGAUGACCCCAGAGAGGACGUGCUCAAACCCAAAUUCCUUCGCAAGAGUGCCUCUUUCAGUCAAGGAGAUGAUGAAGAGCCCGUUCCCCUGCACCGACGCACCGGGGCACCACUGGAAAUCCCGCUGGCUCAGAUAGAGGAGCGAAGGCUCAAGGAGGCCAUAUCCAUGUCUGCUCUCACUGAGCCAUUCAACAAUGACUCCUGCCCCGUGACUCCCAGGGAACCUACCCCUAAACUUCCCACACCAAGCCCAGUGCCUAGGGAACGGGAGACAAAAACUAAGAUGGAGGAAGAGGACUCAUCAAUAGACAAGGAGAUUAAGACUGAGAAGUCCAUUUGUGAAAAAACGAUGAUGGAACCAGAGUACAUGGCCCCGAGGGAGCCUAUCCCUCCGAGGGAGUAUAGCCCUCCUGUGAGGGUUCUUACAUUAGAGGAACAAAUGAAGAAAGAUAAAGAAGAGAUUGAGAAAAAUGAGACUGUUCCUGUUGUUGAAGAAAAAGCUAGGGAAGUUGAAGAAGUACACAAAGAAGUACAAAAAGAAGUAAAAAAAGUAGAAAAGGAACUGAAGGCACAAGUGAAGUCUUCUGAGAUGGUCAUUACUACUAGUUCUAAUAGGGUCACGCUAGCACCAGCAUCUUCAAGGACACCAGCAAAUGUUGUGACUCCCUCUCCACCUGCCCUAACUGUGCUCCCAGAUGGUAGGACCUCUGCCUACGCUAGCAUAGUGCAGACCAUCAUGGUCCCCUUGCUUCAGCCCCUAGUUAGGCCCCUGUUAGCAGACUCCAACCCUGUGGUUGUUCCAGUCCCUGUGCAAGCCCCAUUUCUAGCACCAACAUUUAUAAACACACCUACAUCUGUCCCUGGCCCAACAAAGCCAGUCACUCUGCUAUCCACACCAGUGGAACACUCAGCAGUCUAUUCAAGGGUGGCAUCCCGCGAGCCCAAGGAACCGAGUCCACCCAAGGUUUCCCCAUGCCCUACACCACAGUGUGAUCUCUCGCCAGUGGGACAAAACCUCCACGACAUUGCCUCUGAGGAAGUAUUUGAGGCCCGCUUCAAAAAGCGUGAGUAUUCUCUAAUGCGAGGCCUGCAGCUUCUCAACUGGUCAAAGCCUGAGGAUAAACCAGUGGCCUCUUUGAACUCUGCCAAGUCAGGUGAAGAUGUAUACCGCCCUGGGCCCAUUGGAGCGCCGUUGGUCUCCAGGAAACUGGAGGAGAAGUCCAAGUCGGUGCAGGAUCUCCGCGAGGCCCAGAAGGACGAAGGCUUUAUGAGAAGGCUUUCCAUGCAUCUCAAGAGGACUCCGUCAACUGAACGCAAGGAAGAAAAGCCCAAGGAGGAAGAACCAGUGACUCCCAGGCGCCGGCUCUCCUGGGUUCUCCGUGGCCGAAGAGGAUCCCAUUCCCAGGAGAGGAAGGAGGUGGAGAUGAUGAGGAUGGAUGGGGGAAUAGAAGCCGAGGCGGAGCAGGAGGACAAGGAGCCGGAAAAGCCCAAUGAGUCACCUGUUAUGGCCAUGCGUAGGAAGAUCGAGUCGACGGUGUCAGGGAAAUCCAUGAGGAUCCGCAGUGCCUCGGAGGAGAGAAGGAUAGCGUCCGAGGAGAUGGAAUCCAACAAGCCAGAGAGCAAGAAGACACCCCUGUUCUCCAUUCUGCACAGGUCAACUUCUGAGGGAUGUAGCCUAAAGAGUAUGGCUGGAUCUGGUAUCCCUCAAAACCAGCUGGCUUCUCAGUCAGGCAUCGGAGCCUCCUCAGAGUCCAUGGAAUCUAUGUUCAGCAUCAAGUCGGAGAGAGCAUCCAAGGCAGAGGCAGAGGGAGGAAGGAGGUCCCGAUGGGAUCGUUGGGGCCUAACCAGAGCUAGCAAGAAGGGCAAGAUGGUAUCGGAGUCUCAUAUCCCCACGGCUAUUGCCAGAGAGAAUGACUCCCUAAACUCCCGCUUGUGCUCCAGACUGGCAUCUGACUUCCCUCCCAUGUUCCACAUCAAGUUGAGGGACUACGCCCUGCUGGAGGGAGAUACCAUCACCCUUAGCUGCCUCCCAGCUGGCAGCCCCCAUCCACACAUCUCCUGGAUGAAAGAUAAGAAGCCUCUGCAGAUUGAUGCCAGAAUGAACAUUAUCUCCUGUCCUGAUGGCAGACAGCUGCUGAUGAUCAUGACAACCACCAAGAAGGAUGCAGGGCUGUAUGAGUGUGUGGCCACCAACCCUCUAGCUUCGGUAUCCAGCUCCUGUAUCCUCUCCCUCGCUCGUUUACCCAAUCGUCCUGGGACUCCUGAGGUUCCCCAGUGCUAUGAGAACACUGCCCUGGUCCUCUGGAAGCCCUCAGACAGUAUGGCCCCCUGCACCUACUCUCUGGAGAGAAAAGCAGAGGCUGAGAGUAACUGGCUCAUCGUGGCCACAGGAGUGGCUGACUGUUACUACAAUGUGAUUGACUUGCCAGGAGGGGGCGUCUUCAGGUUUAGAGUGGCGUGUGUGAACAAGGCAGGCCAAGGACCCUACAGUAACCUCUCAGAGGUAGAGUGCCUGGACGCUUCAGUGCCAACAAAAUGCAGUGGAUCAGUUGUUGUGAAGACAGUCCCUGCAGCACCAGUGGUCAAAACGUCAACAAUGACGGUCCCCUCCUUGAAGCCUGCGCCUAGUAAAGGGGUGCACCCUGCCCCAUCUUCUGCCCCAUCCAGACAGACCCCGUCUGCCUCCGCUUCCUCUUCUGCUGUACCACCGGCCAAGCCUAUCGCUUCUAUCCCCGCCUCUAAACCUAUUGAUUCCAAACCCAUAGUCCCUCAGACCCCAACCAGCGCUGCUUCCGCCCCCAUGAUUAUUAGUGAGGUCCCGUCCCACCUGGCCAUCCCUGAGAUCCAAAGCCCGCCUCCGGCUCAGCCCGCCCCAGCCCCGGCUAAAGCCAAGACACUCAACAUCAACAUCAUGAAACCUACACCAUCUCAACCAGCAAUCAUAACCAAGCUCGCUCCCCCUAUCGUUCUCCCCAAACCCCAGAGUCCCGUCAAUAUCGUCUCGCCCAUGAUUAAGACCCCGCCCCCACUCGUGGCCCCUCCACCCGCCAUCUGUAAACCCGUUUUGUCUGUACCCAUGUAUGCACCAAUACCGGCUGCCACACCACGCGUCACCCCACCCUUCCUCUCCAUCCCCGCCAUCUCAUCCCCAGUCAUGCUAAUUUCCAGCAUGAAUCCAGUAGGGGAGGGUGGGGUUACACCCACACGUAUGACGCCAUCAGGAUGCAGGACGCCCUUGGGGGGACGACCUGGUGAGAGCACCCUGCGCCAGGGAGUGCCCCAGAAACCAUACACCUUCAUGGAUGAGAAGGCCAGGGGCCGCUUUGGCGUGAUCCGAGAAUGUAGAGAGAACGCCACAGGCAACCUGUUCAUGGCUAAGAUCGUGCCCUACGAGGCAGGCAACAAACAAACGGUGCUGCAGGAGUACAACAUCCUCAAGUCCCUCCACCACGAUAAGAUCAUGGCUCUGCACGAGGCCUAUGUCACGCCCCGGUAUCUGGUGCUCAUCUCAGAGUGCUGCAGUGGGAAAGAGCUCAUCUACAGCCUUAUCGACAGAUUCCGCUACUCAGAGGAUGACGUGGUGGGCUACAUCGUUCAGGUUCUGCAAGGUUUGGACUACCUGCACAACCGCCGCAUCCUGCACUUAGACAUCAAGCCGGAGAACAUCAUCAUCACAUACAUGAACAUGGUGAAGAUCAUAGACUUUGGAAGCGCCCAGACCUUUAAUCCACUCUUCCUCAAGCAGUUCAGCCCUCCUGUUGGAACUCUGGAGUAUAUGUCUCCCGAGAUGUUGAAGGGGGAUGUGGUGGGCCCUCCGGCUGACAUUUGGAGUGUGGGCGUGUUGACCUUCAUCAUGCUGAGCGGCAGGUUGCCUUUCAUGGAGAAUGAUCCACAGGAGACUGAAGCCAGAAUCUUGGCAGCCAAGUUUGAUGUGGGAAAACUCUACCAGAACGUGUCUCAAAGUGCCUCUCUGUUUUUUAAAAAGGUCUUCUGUAGUUACCCUUGGGCCCGUCCUUCCAUCAAGGACUGCUACAACAACUCAUGGCUCCAGGACGCCUACCUGAUGCGGCUGCGGCGGCAAACCCUCACCUUUACCACCACACGCCUCAAGGACUACCUGGACAAGCAGCAGAAGCUGCGGGCGGGUGUGGCCACCAAGCACAAGGUCCUCCUUCGGUCAAACCAAAGCUCACCCCAGUCCCUCACCAGCCCUAUACCCCCAUCUCCCAUGACACCGGUCACACAGUGA